ACUUUCAAGUAGUUCUAAUGAUUAGGCAGGCUGGGUUUGUGGGACGGGGAGGGUAAGGGCUUGUAAAAUGGGGAAGAUGCUGAACUGUUUUGGAACCAGCUCUUCAAAUGGAGACUCCUGCCCCACUUUGUUGAUGUAAUGUGUACAAUUGCUUUGUUGCUUAACUGCCUUUACUUUUUGAGCUAGGGGCUGUCUUCAUUAACAGCAAAAGUGUUACUUUGUUGUAGAUGACAGAUAAGCCUCAUCACGGGAGAGUUACCUAGUAAGUAUAGACCAGGUGAACAUUCUGUUUCUCUCGGUCUUAAUUUAUUCCAACAUUUAUGAUUAGUACAAAUUUUUAUAAACGAGCAAAAAGUACCUUCCCUUUAAAAAAAAAAGUUUUAAAAAUGUUUCUAGAAUGGAGGGUGUGGGGUAUAUCUAUUUUUUUUAAAAAAAAGAAAAGUCUAACUUCUGCAAUUUAUUCUCUAGUGUUUUUCUUUGUCCCCUUUUGUGCUUAAAGUUUGUACACCUGUGCUAACAAGCAAAAGCCUCUUAAAUUGUGAAUUCUGUUUCAGCCUUUCCUUAAAUCAAGAACCCAUUUUUUUCAUUUCCCUGUACAGCUAUGACUGCUUUGUGUUAAUGAGUUUUAGGUAUUGCUACUGGAAUGAUUUCUGAGCCCAUUCUGUAUGCUUUUUAGUAUUUUGAAUUGCCAACAUAUUUGAUUGCUACUCACGUUUACAUAAUAAGAAGAAAAACUAGGAACAAUCUUAAUAAAAAUGAUUUUUAUUAAGAAAUGACAUUGGGACAAAAAUGGAACUCUUACUCUAAAGAUGCAAUGCUCUUAAGGUUUAAACUAUUGUUAGUCUCUGAGGUCCUUCAAUUGUUUUAAAAUAGCCAGGUUCCAAAUUGUUCCACCACACAGGAUUUUUUUGACCCUGUAAAUCUUGUAUAUGGAUUGCUGGAAUUCGUUGUACUAAGAUUAUUUAGACUUUUGGCAUAUUUAAGUUGUGAACCCUAAGCUUGUAAAAGUAUUGUAGUUGUGGUGCUAUAGAAAAAAAAUCUAGGUCUAUGCCUGGGGAACAUUUUCACUUACAACUGAUAUAUAUUGAGCUUAACUAUUCAUGGUUCUAUAGAUGAGCAACACUUAAUUCUUUACAAAACAUCAGAUGUGCUAAUUAAACCAGCAAUAACUGAAUAGCCAAGUGAGGAUUUGUCUCACUGAAGAUCUUAAUUUAACAUCCUAGCAAGUGACCAUUCCAUAUAGGAUAUAACAUUUUUAAAAAAAACGCUUCCAAAACGCAAACUCUGUUCUCUUUAAUGUAUUGUGGCAUCAUGCCUGCACACAUGUUGUGUAUGCACCCAAAGGUACUAUCAUUCUGGUUUUUUUUUUUUUUUGCCAUGUCAGUAAUUUCUGAUUACAUUUUAUAGGUACGCCUCCAAGUUCAAAGUGUGAAAAAGCCGCUCUACCGUGGGACUGUACAUUGUUUCCAGUCUAUCAUAAAGCAAGAAUCUGCUUUUGGACUUUAUAAAGGUAUUGGGUCGCCUAUGAUGGGUCUCACCUUCAUUAAUGCCCUUGUCUUUGGCGUUCAAGGGAAUGCUCUCCGUGCUCUUGGAAAGGACACACCUGUACAUCAGUUCCUUGCAGGUUCAGCAGCAGGCGCCAUUCAAUGUGUGAUCUGCUGUCCUAUGGAACUGGCUAAGACACGGAUGCAGCUGCAAGGAACAGGGGAAUACAAGUUGAAGUCCAAGAACUACAAAAACUCUUUGGACUGCUUGGUGAAGAUCUAUCGAAAGGAGGGUCUAAAAGGCAUCAACAAGGGAAUGGUUUCCACGUUUCUGAGAGAGACCCCCAGCUUCGGUUUCUACUUUUUAACGUAUGACUGCCUAACAAGGUAUCUGGGGUGUGAAGCGGAAGAUAGUUACAUUGUUCCCAAACUGCUUCUGGCAGGAGGCAUGUCUGGCAUAGUCUCCUGGCUCUCUACAUACCCUGUGGAUGUAAUCAAGUCCCGCCUUCAGGCUGAUGGAGUUGGAGGAGUCGUACGGUACCAGGGUAUUCUGGACUGCAUUAGAAAAAGCUACCAGGAUGAAGGCCCAAGGGUGUUCACAAGGGGUCUUACAUCCACCUUGCUUCGUGCUUUUCCUGUUAAUGCUGCAACAUUUGCCACUGUUACGAUAUUCCUUACAUAUAUGAGGUCAGAGGAUGGCCAGAUCAGAGGUGAUUUAAGUGGAUGUGAGGCUGGUCCAGUCAUCCAACAACCUUCGAGUUUUUAAAUUGACUGGAAGAUAAAAGUUGUACCUGUUACAUGUAAGAUGUCAUCAUUUUUUUAAAAAAAGAAUAUUUGGAUACCAAGAGUAUACAUUUUGGCCUGUAUAAAGCAUCUUUUUAAAAAUCUCAUUUAUAAAAGCAGCUUAAUGCUUUAGGAAGACUCUAGACUCUAGAGUUGACUCUAGAAAUUCAGGCAAUAAAAGGAUUUGUCCUUUUGAACAUGUGCUCAAACCACAUCUGCUGGAUUUUCCAGUGUAGCCUUGACUUCAAUUCCCACAAUCCCCAACCAGCACAUUAUUAAGGAAAUCCAAUGCAGUCACUAGCUAAAGUCAGUUUCAACGUAUCUCAGACAGCUCAAAAUGGCGACUACAUCUAUCAGACCUGAGGCUAUAUUCCUAAUCAGAUUCUAUCUGUUCAAACAGGAAGAGAAGAAAUGGGGCCUUGAACAGAUAAUGAAGGCUUGUAUGCACAGAUGCAUACAUCUCUCAACACACAUUAAAAGGUCUGGAUGGAUUCUCUGUUCUAAUUAUUGCUCAAUCUGACCACGAUGUUUUAUUUAGAGCAAUUGUCCUGGUAAAUGUAGAGUUAAAAGAACACCUAUUUGUUUCAUUUUCCUGCACUUUAUCCUAGGGGAGCUUAUGUUUUUCCAAAUAAUUUUAGCUCAUAAUUUAUAACCAUCUGAUCAGUGGCCUUCCUGAUGGGAACUGAUGGAGAUGAACAACUGGAGAACUACAAGUCUUUCCCGACUCUGUAUUUUAACAACCUGUUGCAAGUCAUUCUGUAGAUGAUGUAAGCUACACUUUACCAUUCUUGUUAAUUAGCAGUACUUGUCAGGAAGCCUGCUGCUUCCUGCUAAUUGUGAAUAUUUUAGCACAGUAUAUGAACAGCCUGCUUUAUUAUUUGAUCAGUAUCUCAAUCAUACUGUUCAGUAUGUAAAUGCUUUCCCUGCUAUUUUUAGAUUAUGGUUUGUUUUUCUGUGCUACUAUUUGCAUUUGGCUUUUAAUUUUUUAAAAUUGUAUGCAGUUGCAUCUUGUAAAUAUUUAAACGUAUUUUAGUUACUAUGUUUUGAGUUGGAAACUAGAGUAUAUCUAGAAACCUUGUUACAACCCAAAUGUAGACCAGGGCUGUCAAACUUGCAGCCCGCGGGCCAGAUGUAUCACGCAUUGGCCACAGCCAUGGCUGGUUUAGCGAGAAAAAAAAAAGUUGUGUGAUACGUCACGUGACAAUGUGAGUUUGACACCCCUGAAUUAACUAUUGUUUUUAGGGUGAUAGUGAUAGAUGUGCCUAAAUUAUCAUUUCUCCAUUACCGGGGUAUAUGCGCAUAAUUAUGGUCUAUAUGUAAUAAGAUAAAGGAUGAAAGUAUGUUUCAAAGGAUUUAACAGAAGUGUGUUUUAGAGAAUUCAAUAAUGAAAAAAGUCAAGCUCAGUAGUUUUGGAAAUUUUGGUGAACAGGAGAUCUGACAAACUAUUAAGCCUAUUUCAUAGCAUCCUUAAAUAAGAAUGCUGUAACAUUAUCUCACUGACAUCAGCAAUAUAUUAAGUUUUAAUUAGGUUUUAUUAACAAAGGUUUAAGGUUGCAGUGCUAUACACACUUAUCUGGAUGAUUAAACUCCAAUUGGGCUGAUUUCUGAACAGCAAAAAAUACCAUUGGCCGAGUCAUAAUAUCUUUCAAGAUAUAAGAGCCAUCUGGCCAGUCAAACAUCUGUUCCACAUCACUGACUGAAGAAAAAAAAUCUUAACACUAAAUCAGAAUUUUGGCAUCUCCUUUUGUAGUAAUGAAGUCUCUAGGGAUUGCCUAUAAGUAUUAAGAAAUCUUAAUUAGCUUAAUUAGUAAUUAGCUUGACAUUGAAAGUUUUGUUUCUGUCCAUAUCCACCUCACUUAAAGAUCUGCUCAUAAUUAAUAAAACUGUUGUGGGCAGGAAAAAAACAUUUCUUUAAUUUUAUGCCAGUGUUUUCACAUUGGCUUGAAUUGGAUGCAUUGGAGGUAAGUUUGAACAUGCAAAGUAUUUUUCCAAAUCAAUUGAGGAAAAUCAAAUUCAACCCAUUUGUUGUUGUAAUGCAAAUUGAAGCCAUUCAGCACAGUACUACAGGCUUGGGCACAAUGCUCUGGUUAAUUUCCUCACAAACUCUCCCACAAUAACAGUGUGUAAAUGUGCUCAUUCAACAGUUGGACAAAAAGAUGAUGUGAAAUUUCUCAAGUGCAAAGCAUGGAUUAACUCUGACACUUACCCGUUCAAGAAAUAAAGUAGAUAAUGCGAGAUUGCCAAGCAGCAAGAACUCGAUGUAACAAUUAGACUGAAACUUAAAAGCUGAAGAAACAGGAUGUAAGACAACUUUAUACUAUUUCUCAUCACCUCUAAGGACACCUUGGCAUUCAGCCAACUAUUUGGCACAUAGAGGGGUCAUUAAAGACCCUUAUAAAUGCUUUAAAUUGCAGUUGUACCAUUGACUUGGCCCUAAAAUAUAUAAAUUGUUUAAACACCAUGUUUCUCACAUGCUUUUAAGUACUUCCUAUUCUAUUUCCAUUGCUGCGAAGAAUGUGCAAGCCCAAUGAAAAAAAAAGUAUCACUUGCAGAUUUAACUUUG